AUGAGCGACAAGCCAACGCUCAUGACGAAGCAUACUGAAUUUGGCGACGAGAAGAUGGGCGCCUCGACUCCCGGCACGUUGACUCCACAGCUCGAGACGGAGACGACCGAACCACCAGUCGGCCCCGGGCCCAACCCAGACGGCGGGACCAAGGCGUGGCUGACGGUCGCCGGGAGUGCAUUCAUGGGCUUUGCUCAGUUUGGCCUCUCGAACGCGUUUGGCGUCUUCCAGCGGCAUUAUGAGACUCACCAGCUCGCGGACCGGACACCGGACGAGAUUGCAUGGAUCGGCUCGAUCCAGCUGUUCCUUUUGUUCUCCGGGGGACUGUUCAGUGGUAGACUGUUCGACGCGUUUGGCGCCCACGCACUGCUCAUCCCCGGCGCCAUCUUGUUCACGCUGAGUCUGAUGCUCACUUCCUUGUGCACGCAGUACUACCAAUUCAUGCUGUGCCAAGGCGUGCUUUUUGGCAUCGCGUCUGCACUCAUCUUCAACACGAUCGUCGCCGUUCCGUCGCACUGGUUCUCGCGAAAGCGUGCACUUGCCAUGGGUGUAGUGUUCACUGGCUCUGGUCUGGGCGGCACAAUCUGGCCCAUUGCUAUUGCGCGCCUAAUCAACAAGAUUGGCUUCGGUUGGACAAUGCGCGUGUGUGGCUUCAUCUGCUUGGGGUGCUUUGCUAUCGGCAACGUCCUGAUCCGCACUCGCCUGCCCCGCAAGAAGCCAGCGCCGUGGCGUGGUCUUUUCAAGCCACUCCGCGAGCCAGUGUACGCGCUCUUCGCUUCCAGCGGGACAAUCAUGAGCUUGGCAAUGUUCAUGCCCUUCUUCUUUUUGCCGACCAACGCCCAGCGCCUCGGUGCCAGCCCCGACCUUGCUGCGUACACGGUCUCAUUCCUCAAUGCCGGGUCCACGGUGGGUCGCCUGGUCGGUGCGCUUGGUGACAAGCUUGGUCGAUUCAACCUCCUUGUGACCAGCUGCUUCACUUGCUCGUUACUCCUCCUCGCAAUGUGGGUGCCGAUGAACAACAUCGAGACUCUCAUUGCCUUCUCCGUGCUCUACGGCUUGAGUGUUGGUGUGCUGGUCUCGCUGGUGCCAGCAUGCAUCUCGCAGAUCAGCGAGCCGCACGAGAUUGGUGCGCGCGUUGGCCUCAAUUACGGUGGCGUUGGGCUCUGCAUGCUCGCCGGGCCGCCCAUCAAUGGCGCCAUUCUCAAUGCCCUUGGAGACCACACGGGGUUCCGAUACCAAGGCGUGUUUAGCGGGAUAUGCGUGGGGAUAGCUGCGUGUUUGAUUCUCGCAGCACGGAUGAAACUCACAACCAAGCUAAAGGCCGUAGUGUGA